AAAGGAUGCUGUAGUUACCAAAAUACAAGAAGCUGCAGAAAGAACUGCUGCUGAUGCGAAAGAUGCAAAGGAUAAAGCAAUUUCUGAUGUUAAAGAUAAAAAAGAUAAAAUUGCCGAUACAACGAAAGCAGCUGGCGAAAAAAUAACAACGGAAACAAAGGAGAUAAGUGAAAAAAUAAAAGUAACUGCGGCAGACAUUACGCAAGAUGUUAAAGAUAUUAAAGAUGCAGCAAUAAAGGAAGUGGAAGAGGAUACAACAUUAGUGAAAGAAAAAUUAGCUACAGGCACUGAUGUUGUAGAAAAAGCAGACAGAGCUAAGGAUAAAAUGUCGAAAGAAGCGAAAAAAGCCAAAGACAAAACUAGUGGCUUUUUCUCUGGCAUAUUUAAAGGCGUCAAACAUGGCAUAGAAGAUGCAACUGAUGACAUCAAAGAAUUUGUGGAUGAGACGAAGAAGGAAGUUGCGUUGGAAGAAGAACAUGCAAAAGAUAAAGUUACCGCGGAUCUCAAAGAUUUGAAAGUUAAAAGAGACAUUAUGGUUACAGAAAUUCAAGAAACGACAGAUAAAACUGCUGCUGAUGCAAAAGAUGCAAAGGAUAAAGCAAUUUCUGAUGUUAAAGAUAAAAAAGAUAAAAUUGUAGAAGACAUAUCCAAAAAAUCUGAUAAAAUUGCCGAUACAACGAAAGUAGCUGGCGAAAAAAUAACAGCGGAAACGAAGAAGAUAAGUGAGAAAAUAAAAGUAACUGCAGCAGAUAUUACGCAGAAUGUUAAGGAUACUAAAGAUGCAGCAAUAAAGGAAAUGAAAGAGGAUGCAACAUUAGUGAAAGAAAAAUUAUCAGCAGGUACUGAUGUUGUUGCAGAGACUGCAGACAAAACUAAGGACAAAAUGACGAAAGAGGCGAAGAAAGCCAAAGACAAAACUGGUGGCUUCUUAUCCGGUAUAUUUAAAGGCGCCAAACAUGCUGUAGAAGAUGCAACUGACGAUGUCAAAGAAUUUCUGGAUGAGACAAAAAAGGAAGCUGCAUUGGAAGAAAAGCGUGCUAAAGAAAAAAUACCAAUAUUCUUGAAAGAUGUAAAAGGUAAAAAGGAUGCUGUUGUUUCUGGAGUUCAAGAGACCGCAGAAAAAGUUGCUGCCGAUACAAAAGACGCAAAAGAUAAAGCAAUUUCCGCCGUUAGAGACAAAAAAGAUGAAAUUGUAAAAGAAGUCUCCAAAGAUACUCAGAAAGUCGCCGAUACUACGAAAGCAGCUAGUGACAAAAUUACAUCGGAAACGAAAGAGAUAAGUGAGAAAGUAGAAUCAACUGUGGUAGAUGUUGUUCAAGAUAUUAAAGAUACUAAAGAUACAGCGAUUAAAGAAGCGGGAGAAGAUAUAAAAUUAGUCAAAGACAAAGUAACUGCGGGUGUUGAUGCGGUCAUAAAAAGUGCAGAGGAUAUCAAGGAUAAAGCAGCGAAAGAAGCAAAGAAAGGGAAGGAAAAAACAAGUGGAUUUUUCUCAGGCAUAUUUAAAGGUGCAAAACAUACUGCAGAACACGCGACUGAGGAUGUUAAAGAAUUCUUAGAUGAAACGAGAAGAGAAGCUUCAUUAGAAAAAGAAUAUGCUAAGAAAGAAAUUUCCGUGGGUCUCAAAGAUUUAAAACAUAAAAAGGAUGUUGUAGUUACCAAAAUACAAGAAACUGCAGAAAGAACAGCUGCUGAUGCGAAAGAUGUAAAGGAUAAAACAAUUUCUGAUGUUAAAGAUAAAAAGAUAAAAUCGUAGAAGAUAUUUCCAAAGAAGCUCAUAAAGUUGCCGAUACAACGAAAACAGUUAGUGAAAAAUAACAGCAGAAACGAAGAAGAUAAGUGAGAAAAUAGAAACAACUGCGGCUAAUAUUACGCAGGAUGUUAAAGAUACAGUAGUAAAAGAGUUGAAAGAAGAUACAACGUCAGUGAAAGAAAAAU